AUGAUACCAGAAAGGAUAAUACGAUCAAAAUGGUUGUUUAAUCAUAUACUAUUAUUCAUAUCAAUCAUAGAAUCAGAGAUAUCAACAUUUAAAGAUAUAUCAUAUUUAUUAUGCAAUACGAGACAACAUAGAGAUGAUGAUAAUGAUCAAAAGACUAUAGUUGCAAGACAACAACAAUCAUUCAACAAUGUCUUUAAAAGAGUGUAUGAUGAUAAUCCAAACUUUAUCAUCUACUUUAGAUCAUUACCUGUGAUAUUACGAAACUGUCGUGAUGUUGCAAUGUUAAGGUCUAUACAUGCACGUGUACCACACUACUUUACAAUCAAGUUGAUUGGUCUCAAUCCACCGAGGUAUUACGAUCCUAGUGCCACCAACACUCAAUAUCAUCGUACACUGGGUGACUGCUUAGAAUCAAAGAGUUGGGUGGUCGACAAUAUCGCUGCAAGUGGUAGAAUCGAAUGUUUGGUAUAUGCAAUCAAUGUCAUCAAAAGUUACUCAGAACCAUCACGCAAGACUAUUGAAAUGGCGUGUGAGUAUGGACAACUCGACGUAUUGACAUAUCUCGAGAAGAAGUACCCGACACUCGAGAAUAAACGUGGGUUUCAACUGGCUGCUUUAAAUGGACAUUUGCAUAUCCUCCAACAUUUGUUAGAAGGAUCGUCAUCGUCAUUUACAAAGUAUGCAUUGAUCAAUGUCACACGAUCAAGGUCGGUUGAAUGUGCAACACUUUUACUCAACCAUAGAGACACUCGACUCUCAGUACUGCACCAAGACACCAAACACUAUAUGUCUGAUUGCAUGGAGAAUGCAAUUCAAUCGGGGUCACUAGAAAUGGUCGAGUUGUUAUUCAACAGUUUCACAGACACUGAAUGUGUCAAAGCUGACUGGAUCUCAUUCAAGACGUUACUAUGUGCCAUCGAGACAGGGAGUCUUGAGAUUGUCAAAUACUUGCACGAGACAGUUGGUAUUGAUAUUGCAAGUGUAAUGUUACCAUCCAGACUAGAACACCAUCUCUACUCAAAGUAUACAAAGUGGAAAGACGGUCACACCAAAUUUAUCGACGAUGUCAUUUUAUCCAAUCAUCGUAACAACAACAACAAACCAAAUCUAGAGUUAAUCAAGUAUCUACACCAAAAAGGUAGCAAGUAUACAGUAUUGUCAUGGGAGACUGCUACAAAGCGUGGAUACCUCGAUACCGCUCACUACCUAUUUGACAACCCAACUCAAAUGACUGUUCAACUAUCCAAUGAGUAUAUGGUCAUUGAUACAGUCAAUGAAAACCCAUCAUUGUCGUGUCUUGAAAUGGUAAAGUUUUUGUUGGAGAAUGUGCCAUCCACAUCCUUUCAAAAAACCAACUCUCCUCCUACUCUAGACUUUUUAGAGAGCAGGUUAUUUGAACAACUUAUUCAUGGUGUAUUUGCAACAGACAAUGUAGAGUUGUUACAAUACAUAUUAGAGUAUUUUGGUGUGAAUAUUGGACAGGUUAUACAUCAUUACCCAAUUCGAAUGAAAUCAUCUGGAUGCAAAGUAUCAAGUCGAGGAAUACUCCCUUUUAUUCUAAAUUCAACAAAAGACAAGUUGGAUGAAUCAUUUUUUACAUUGUAUCUUUUAGAAGCAUGUAUUGGUGACCAAGUUGAUGUAUUUUACUAUUUCCAUCAACACCAAUUACCAGGGUUUCAAAAUCCAUCUAAUUUAUUGGAUCAUGCUUGUCGUCAUGGUGCAAAUGACGAUGAUAUCACCAAUGUAUUGCAAAGUGCAAUAUAUUCAUCUAAUCUCAAACUCGUCCAGUUUAUACAUAAUCAAUACCAACCAAUAAUAUCACAAACUGCCACAGAGAUGCUACUUUUCUAUUCACUACAAUACAAUCAAUUAGAAUGUUUUCAAUACUUGCUAACAACUUGUUUUGCAACACAAGAUCAUAAAACUGUUAUUCAAACAAUCAAGAAUAAUAUUGUAUCAUACACUAUGAGUACUGAUGAACAACAACAACAACAACAACAACAAAAACAACAACAACAAAUACUACUACAAGAUGCUUUCAACUUUCUUGAUUCUAUCGACAAAUAA